AUGCGCUCCUCUCAGGCCCUCUUUCGAAGGUCGCGCUCGCUGUUCCAAUCGACAGCACUCAACUCGGCGCGUCGCUCGACGACCAGGCUUGCUCGGCCAUCGAGAAAGGACGUGACUGUUCCUUCGUCUACUGGAACACCCGGCAUACGGCUUUCGUCUUCAGCAACACCCCCACCGAGCAAUGAGCCUGUAGAACCCAUUCCAGACUCAACGCCGACGCCGACGCCGACGCCAUCUCCAGAUGCCCCCGAAAAUGAGGGGGCCCCGAGCGAGGAUUCCGAGAAACCUAGGGUGCGCCGUACGAGACUGACACUUACGGUCUCAAAAGAUGCCGAAACUCUCCAGCUACCAGAGGACUUGGAUAUUCUUUGGGCACCAGAAUCCGAGCCUCCAGAAAGGGCUACCUCGGAUUUAUCAGCCUUACCACCCGACGACAUCCUCGACGACGCCUUGCACAACCUACACAUCGCUUUACAUCCGCAGACGCAACACAAGGCGACGUAUGCGACUGGCUCCGCGGCCAUUGAACCUACAUUAGCUUUAUGCUGCCCAAUUGAAGGUGGAGAGUACAUCAUAGAUGCGACGGUGCGCGAGUUAGGACGUCGGACAGGUGCGGAGGUCAUCGAGUUAGAUGCGGUUCAACUCGCAGCCGGAGAAUGGGGACAUUUUGGUAAAGCUGGUUCUGCCAUUCAGUUACCACAAAAUCCGCUGCAUUUCGCUUCAUCUUCUUCAAGCAGUACACCGACUUCGCGUUCGAAUCACAACGACGAGGACGAUGAUCAGGACAUGCCCGCUCAGAUGUUCCCUCCGCAACAAAUGACUCUUACAUUGAUGACUUCCGCUUCACCUGGUGGUCGGACGGUCAUUUCCCCUCCCUCUCGACGCACAUCUACACCCAGCAAAGCCAAAGUAUUCUUUGAUGCUCUGGUCAACACACCCCCAAAACAAAAUACUGACGACCCACAACCCAGCUCUUCGACUUCUUCGCAUCGACCACGGCUGAUAUAUGUCCGUGAUUUUCAGACGUUGGCAGCUACCUCGUCAACAUGGUAUCCCCCUCUCCUUUCUGCCGUUCGACAACGGCGCCGCGGCCCUAUAUCGCGCCCCUCGUCGCCAGUAUCCAACCCUAUGGUCAUUGUCUUUGGGAUUUCACCCUCCUUAACCCCUCCAUCUUCACUUUCACCACAAGGCGCUGCUGGCUUUGUUAAUCUACUUAUGAAUCGCUCACCCCAGUCCGAUCCUUCGGUACCCCGGCCCCGGCCCACCAAAGUCGACUGGACAGAAGACCCUGCUGCCGAAAAAGCUCGGGAACGGAGGCUUCGUGACCGUAUGCGCAGAUGGGAACAAGGCGAAGCUAGCCUACAAUUCGAGAUCCCGAAACUUGCCUCUGGCUCCAACGAGUCUGAAGGCAGUUCAAAACCUGAUGUAGUGGUCAUUGGUGGCCCUCGGAAUCUACCAUUCCUCCCACCGUUCCUACGAGGCGCGUCCACGGAGAAUGCGGACGAGAGCGAUGAGAGCGACGCCUUCUUCCGCACAUCUAUUGUAUUUCCUAGUAAGCGGUCACCCUCGGACGAACGCAACUCUCGAAUGGCUCGUAGACGUGAGAUCAACGAGCUGACGAUGAGGAUGGCUGUUGGGGGAGUGGGCGGCAUUCUGGACAAGGAAGUGACCUUUGCUGGUGAAGAAGAGGACACUUCGGCUGGUACCAGCGCUCCAGAUGAGCAACAACAGCCGCAAAUUUGGGCAGACUGGGGCCAGAGGAUAGAACCAUGGUCGAACGUUAGGAGCAUUGCUGACCGUGCAGUCGGCAGUGCGAUGGGUCCUAGUCAUAUUGGUGAUAAACCAACGUUGGAGCCAACGCCUAUCUCUUGGGAUGUUGUUCGUGGAGCUUGGUUAAGCCAUCAUUCAGGUCGGAAACUACGCAAGACAUGGUCGAAGGAACUGACGUCUGGUACAAGGACACAUCGGGAGGAUGAAGAUAAGGAUGAGGACAAUACCGAGCCGGAGCCUGUGGUAGAUGAGGUUGUCGAGCGCGUGAAGGCUGAUCCCGAGCUAGAAUCUCAUGAACAACGGUUGCUGUCGUCUAUCGUUGAUUCGACUACAAUGCCGACAUCAUUCAGUCAAGUCCACCUACCUCCACACACGAUCGACUCCGUAAGAACUAUCGUUUCCCUCCCACUACUCUACCCCGCUGCAUUCCAGCAAGGUAUCCUCAAAGACCACGCUAUGACUGGGUGCCUUCUGUUCGGCCCUCCUGGCACAGGUAAAACACUCGUCGUUCGUGCUCUCGCAAAGGAAGCUGGCUGUCGCAUGAUGGUCAUAUCGCCCUCUGAUGUGAUGGACAUGUACGUCGGCGAAGGCGAAAAGCUUGUCAAAGGCGUUUUCUCGCUUGCGAGGAAGUUGUCUCCCUGCGUGGUCUUCCUUGAUGAAAUCGACGCAUUGUUCGGCGCUCGCAUGUCAGCCCGCGAAAGUGGCGGUGCCUUUGCCCAUCGGGGCGUGAUCACAGAAUUCAUGCAAGAAAUGGACGGCCUCAAGACAUCGAAGGAAAACAGUGUUAUUGUCAUCGGUGCAACUAAUAGACCCUUUGACCUUGACGAUGCCAUCCUUAGGCGACUGCCUCGUCGACUUCUCGUCGAUCUUCCUGGCGAGAAGGAACGCGAAGAAAUCCUCAAAAUUCUUCUACGAGACGAAAGCUUGGCAGAGGAUGUCAGUCCCAACGACCUCGCGAAAAAGACCGAGAGCUUUUCUGGUUCUGAUCUCAAACAUCUUUGCGUUUCUGCCGCGUUGGACGCAGUCAAGGAGGGUGUCGAUGUCCCUUGGGCCCCGUCGAAGGUAACCCCUCCUGAAACCAAGGCUCCGGAGGCUACCCCUCCUGAAACAAUUGUUGAGGGGCUUGCAAGUACUGCAUCUGACGUGAAAGUGCCAUCCGAAGCUCCUUCAACACCACCACGCGUGCUACAUCUUCGCAAUUUCGAGAAGGCAUUGAAGGAGAUUACCCCGUCGUCCUCAGAAUCCCUCGGCACACUCACUGAUCUCCGCAAAUGGAACGAUGAGUUCGGGGAGGGGCGCAAAGACCGAAAACGCGUACACGUAUGGGGGAAAGGGCGGUUCGGCUUCAUCAACCAAGAUACCAACGUCGGCGACGGCAGGGUUUCUGGUCCUGCGGCAGCAUCACGAGUACAGACAUUAGAAACACGGAGCAAUGAACAUCAAUAG